CCUGCCUUCUGAAAGCAAUACUGUGUGAUUCUCUCGAGUGACUGCAGCCCGGGCUGAAUGCAAACACAGAGCUGAUGUCAAAAUCCGUGUGGGUGUGACCGCGAAGAUAUCCUUUUUACCAGACAACGACCUCCAGACUCCAGAAGGCAGGGAAGCAACAGCAGCAAGCUCGCUCUCUCCCUCACACAGUGUGUGUGUGUGUGUCUGAGGCAGCACCAAGGUCCUUCACAGCCUCACUCUCUCUCCUGAGCCUCCGGCAGCAAGAUUCGGGUGGAUGUUCACUCAUUUAAGAUGUUGAAGACGCACUUUGGGAAUCUGCGUAAAGUGGGGUCAGAAGGCUGCCUGUUGGACUGUGAGUUCCUACCCUGGACACGGCAGAUCCUGCCCUGGUGUAAACACUCAACGACUGACUGCCAGGAGGGGGCCAGGAUGGAGGCGCCCGCCAUUGAGGAGGCGAAGGUGGUCGUCUGUGAGGAGGGUCAGAAAGUGACCAUUCCCGAGGUACGGAUCGAGAAGGAGUACAGCCUGAGUGUCGACACACUGCACCAGCUGGCCAGAGACAGCUAUGAUGAAUCAGACAAGAGCUGCGACAGCCUGGGGCCCGGGGGUCAGGACACGGCCUACCGGCUGGGGGUGGACGACCUGGGCAUGUGGCGCACCUACAGCGAUGGCAAUUUGGCACGCGACGGCGAGAGGCGGGACUUCAUCUCCAGCAGCCAGCUGAAAGGCAAACAGAAAACCGAGAGCGGCUGGAGUCUGCCGUCGCCAAAGACUCUGAGGAAAGAGCGGGCAUUGGCAAGAGUGGCAGCCGCCAAGGAACACCUACGCUCCAUCUUCACUGGGUCCCGCAAGCACCUAGCCUCCAGUGCGGAAUCUGACCUGGGUUUGGAUUAUGCAGAGAAUGGUAGCAGAUCAAGGCGGAAGAAGCAACUGGGCAGUCGCCUGGGCUUCCUCCGGAAGUGGAAUGAUGCCUGUGCUAAGAAUGACUUGAAUUCCCUGAGGCCGACAGCAGAGGAAGUCGUGCAGUGGGGAGAAUCCCUGGGCAAUUUAUUAGCUCAUCGAUAUGGCCUGAUUGCCUUCAAAGGUUUCCUUCGCACGGAAUUCAGCGAUGAGAACAUUGAGUUCUGGCUGGCAUGCGAGGAUUACAGGAACACCAAAUCCAACAGCAAACUCACAUCCAAAGCCAAGAAGAUCUUCGAGGAGUUCAUCGAUACCCACGCCCCCAGGGAGGUUAACCUGGACUCUCACACCAGGGAAGUGACCUCCAAUAAUGUGCUGAGCCCCACCCGCUCGACCUUUGACCUGGCCCAGAAGCGGAUCUUCGGCCUGAUGGAGAAGGAUUCCUAUCCUCGCUUCCUGCGCUCCCAGUUCUACCUGGACUUGUCAGGCCCCGGGAAGCUGAACGGGGUGGUGUAGGGAGGGGGUGGGGGUGGGGGUGGAGGGUGAUCCUGAUCCACUGCACUCCAUCUCCCCUUCUCCCCCUCCCCCCAGGGUUUGCAUGCUGCCCCCAAACCCCCCACAACCACAGCGGCUCCCCCACCCCAAACCAACCCCCCCCAGGCCCAGGGGACAGAACCACAUCACAUCAUCCUUGACACAUUGCCUGCGACAUGAGGAGGAGAAUUAAUGGCCAUCUUCCUGGCUGCUGGAAUGACUCUGGAUGAUGCCACAUUCCUGGUUUUGGAAUGACUCUUGGUGAUGCCACGUUCCUGGAUUUGGAAUGAUUCUUGGUGAUGCCAUGUUCCUGCUUGGUGGAAUGACUCUGGGUGAUGCCACAUUCCCAGUUUUGGAAUGACUGUCAGUAAUGUCACAUUCCUGGUUUUGGAAUGACUCGAGGUGAUGCAACGUUCCUGGUUGGUGGAAUGACUCUGGGUGAAGCCAUGUUCCCGGCUGGUGGAAUGACGCUCGGUGAUUGGCCGGUUUAAGACAGAACUACAGUCAAGAAGAUGGAUGCUCUUGCCUCCCACCGUUGCUGCAGUGACCUCGCGGUGCCGUGCAUGUCUAUUUAUUGUCAGACUGUAUCCAAGAUGGCCGAAAGUGAAGGUGAUCCAGAUAGGGGUGUACCUGGCACCUCGCCUGUGAUAACUGUCGUUUAUUUAUUGUUUCCCCUGCCACCCUCUGGGCAGUGAUCACACUGAGAAAGGGUUGGCAUCUUUACUGACUUGGCUCUGUCCGGGUAGGGGCAUCAGGAUGGUUCACAUCAGAGGAUGGCAAUAGCUCAGUGGGUUCAGUUGUACCUCCUGGCCUGGCAUGGACGAAGGCUGCAGAUUCACAAGAUUCAGCUUUAACUUCCCCCUAUAUUAUUGUCACAUUUUAUUUAUUGUAUUUCAAAUGGCCUGCAUGUUCCCACCUCCCAUUUGCACUCACAACUAGGCCCUUCAGCCUCCACACCUGUGUCUAUGCUUUUGAAGCACCAUCCUUUUGGAAGGUGUACCCGCUGUAAGGUUGGGUAAGGAGUCUGUUCGACUGCCAGGGGCAUUGCAGGCAAACCUGCUACCCUUGCUGUGCCCACCCUGUCACAGAUCCACUCCCCCGGGAGCAGGAACAUCAUCCCUGCAGAACAAGUAUGGGAGUAUGGGGUGUAUGUUGUCACCACCUUGGCAGAGAGUACCCAGUGCCACGGGCAGCUGGGAAAUGAAGCAGGGCAGGACACUGAGCCGUCAGGACGUUGCUCUCAGCUGUGGGUACACCCAGGGAGCUGCCCACAACUAUGUGGAGGAGGCUUCACUUUCAAUACAAUCAAAGGUUUGGAACAAACUGUCCCUGUCCAUCAGAGACAGCAACAGAAACAUUCAGCGACCACAGUUUACACAUCACCCCACACCUGGUCUCUGACUCUGUGGUGACUUUAGACUGGAUGGUUGGGUCUUGGACUCAGUCGACAACUUUCCUUGCUAUCAGCCAAGUAAAAAGAAGCUAUCUAUUGCCAGUGGAACUGCAGGAAUAUUCCCAGGUGGUAUGGCUCCUUCCCAUAUUUUCCCUGCUCGAGACAGACUGGUUCAAACCCAAUUCCAGAUGAUUUCCUGGUCCUGCUCACAUCCCUGGCUUCGAGUCUGGUAGAUGACAGAUAUAGGAGUAGGCUUCAGUCAAAGGGAUUCCCAAUCACACUGUCAUUGGGAUUUAGAAUUUCACUCACAUUCCCAAUCUCACAGUCACUGAAAUUCUGAUUCCCGUUCACAUUCCCAGUGCAUUUACAUUCCCAAUCCUAGUCACAUUCCCAACUCCUUCAUGCUCUCAAUUUCAUUCAUUUUCCCAAUUCCAGGACACUGAUAGCUCCAAUAAAUUCCCAAUCCCCCAUUCAUGUUCCCAAUCCAAUUCCCUUUACAUAAUCUCAGCCCCAGAAACAAUCUCAUUCCCACUCAGUUUUAAUUUAAUACCCACCCUCCAUCCCAUUCACAAUAUCAGACCAAUUCAUGGUCUUAGCCAUGCCUUUUUAUUUAUGGGACAUGGGCAUUGCUGGCUGGCCCAGCAUUUAUUUCCCUGUCCCAUUCCAGCCUGAAAUAGAGGAGCUGAUUUAACCCCCCACAGUGUGGAUAGCAGCUGGAGGGCACGCUGUUCAUGUUCACACCCGCUGCUGGUUUACCUGCGGUGUUUAUGGCAGGAACCAGUUACCCCAUUAUCACGGGCCCUCAAAGCCCUGAGGUGAUUGUAAUGAACAUCAGUGCAACAGUGGUUAGUACAGGAACUUCCCACCUUGGGAUCUCCUGUGCACCUGACUGCAAUGGCCUCCAAAUGCCCAUUGUGCAGACCCUGUGCCUGCCCCACAUCAACUCACUGACCCUCUCAGCUAAGCUCAGUGACUUUUCCCCCAGUCACAAAAUUUUGAUAUUCCACUCCUCCAAAAUAGCCAGGUCCCACCAGGCUUUGAGCAAGACACCCAUGUUGGAACUGUUUUCAACUGCGUCCCCAGGGGCUUAAUAGCAGCCCGCUGUGGAAUACAGUGCAACCCAGCAUUAAUUUUGAAAUAUUCUAAAAUCCCCACGGACGUGAAAGCUAUUUGAAGGUACAAUCCCCACUGGCUGGGAGCAUUACACUGACCCGAGGUGAGUUUACAGUAAAGUGUCUGCACUGAUGUCUUGGUCCAUUAAAAAUAUCAAAUAAAAACAUGUUCAUUCUAACUGAGGCUUGGGCUACAGCGUCAGUGUACCGCGG